AUGGAUGUUGUAAUGGAAGUGAGCGAUGGAAUGGUGGAUGUGUCCAACAAGAGCCGAGAAGAAGAAGAAGAGGAAGAGCGACGACGCAAGCGGCAAAAGAAAAAGAAAACCAAUCGUCCUCCUCUUUGUACUUUUGUCAACUACCUGGCACCUCCCACUACUACUGUAGCAACCCCUGCAGCUACUAGUAGUGUUCCGAAUGUUCCUGCCACUAUAUCCGAGCCAAGUACGGAACAUGCCGAAGAUGAGGAGGAUGACGACGAUGACGUGAUGAUGAAGGGAGUGAUUGUCACGGAUCAGAACAGCAACAGCAUGGAGACAAGUCCCUUGUCCAACGAUCGUCCCGUCCUUGAUGAUGAGGAUUUGACUCCUCCGAUUACGAUUCCCUCUACUCAGUUGUUUGUUGUUGCCAAUAGUAGGAGUGACAACGACGACGACAACGAGUCGGUCGAGACGGUCAAUACGUCCAACAAAUCCGUCGACGUUUAUCUGCGACCGGAUGGAUCCUUUGAUCACAUUCCCGCCGCAGAACGAUGGAAGAAACCCCCGCCACCGGUUGUCUCCGAUAUGCUCGAGAAACUCGAUGGACUCUAUGUGACAUCGCGUUGCGAAUCGGAUGAUGAAUUGGAAGAACAACCUCGCCCUUUGCCAGAAAUUGUCGUCAAGACACGACGGCAUCGAUUGCCAUCGCUGCACAGUCAGUGGAGGACCAAACACAGCAAACGAUAUUGUUUGGGGUGA